AUGCCCGCCGACUAUUACCUAGGGUACGCUAGGAGAAUGGCUUGGUUUAGCUUCGCAGGGGAUGGCUGUUAUUCCUAUGCACCUCGGCGGCACGGUGACGCAUGCUGCAUCGACAAAUCGAGCAGCGCUGAGCUGAGCGAAGCCAUCAAUUCCAUGUUCAGCUGGUAUCGACGCUCGACCAAGUGCUACGUGCUUCUUACCGACGUUUCUGUACACCUGGAAAAUAACGAUUUAGACCACAGAGACUCCCAACUACGACGGAGCCGGUGGUUUACUCGAGGCUGGACUCUUCAAGAGCUUCUUGCUCCUCCUUUAGUUGAAUUCUUUUCCCGAGAAGGAAAACCGCUUGGCUCUAAGAAAUCGCUGGAAAGACCGCUUUCCGAAAUCACAGCAAUCCCCAUCUCUGCUCUUCGAGGAAUUCCUCUUUCUUACUUUAGUAUUGCCGAGAGGAUGUCUUGGAGGACAAAGAGAGAGACUACACGCGAGGAAGACAAGGUGUAUUCUCUGUUUGGCAUGUUCGACGUCCACAUGCCGGCAAUCUAUGGCGAAGGAGAGCACCACGCGCUUCGUCGCCUCCAAUCCGAAAUCGAGAUGCAUUCGAAGAACCCCCAUUUCGACAAGAAUUCAGAUCUUCAGCCCCAAGUCAAUCAGUGGAUUGUGCCUUUUGAAAGAAAUAUUCGUCUCACCGAUCGCGAGUCUGAGCUUGCUGAACUUCACAAGGCUCUCUUUUCCAACAAUCAAUUCACAAAAGCCGCAAUCUCUGGGCUGGGAGAAGGAGGAAAGACGCAAGCUUUUUGGAUCAAGGAUACCAUGCUGUUGCUCGGACAGUUUAGAAUUCGAGAUUCUGGGGGCAAAGAUGUCGACAUUAAAAAAAUUGUGCAGGACUACUUGAGUGAGGACAGCGCAGGUCAUUGGGUCCUGGUCUUUGAUAACGCCGACGAUAUCAACAUGUGGCCGAAAUUGGGAACUCAGCAAUCCGUUCGGUUAAUCGAUUACAUUCCCCGGAGCAAGAACGGACGGGUCAUUUUCACGACACGGGACGGGAAGGUCGGGGUGAAGCUCGCCUCUCAGAAUGUGAUUGAAGCGCCUAAAGUGACCGAAGAUACAGCUACACAGAUGCUGCGAAAUUUCCUAAUCCACAAGGACCUUGUCGAUUCCAGACCUGCGGAUACGAAGGAGAUGCUUGCAUGGCUUACCUAUCUCCCACUGGCUAUCGCUCAAGCAGCCGCAUACAUCAACGAGAACGGGAUUACCCUAGAGGAUUAUCUGGUGCUCGUGAGUUGCCAAGAGCAAGAGAUUAUCGAGCUCCUCACCGAAGAAUUCGAGGAUGACGUGAGAUAUUCCGAUAUGAAGAACCCGGUGGCCACGAUCUGGCUGAUCUCAUUCCGGCAGCUCCAGCAACGCGAUCCUCUUGCAGCAGAAUACAUGUCUUUCAUGGCUUGCAUUGACCAUAAAGACGUUCCUCAACUUCUCCUUCCGCCAGGAUCAUCGCGAAAGAAGGAGAUGGAUUCGAUUGGGACAUUGAGCGCCUACUCGUUCAUCACCAGACGCUCGGAAGACUUGGCACUUGACAUGCAUCGACUUGUGCACCUCACAGUCCGGAGCUGGCUUCGAAAUGAAGGUGUGCUUGCUGAGUGGACUCGCAAAGCUGUCGCGCGACUGGAAGAAGUGUUUCCGGACCAUGAACACAGGAACAGGGCCGUGUGGAGAAUGUAUCUUCCUCAUGCACGUCAUGCCCUGGAGUCGAAUCUCGUCGCAAAAGAAGAUGCCAGCAGGAUCGACUUGGAAUGGAAGAUUGCAAUGUGUUAUUACAGCGACGGUCGGUUCGACGAGGCAGAGACCUUUUUUCGGGAAGUGAUGGAGUAUCGAAAAAAGGUGCUUGGAGCGGAGCAUCCAGAUACCCUUAAGAGCAUUGCGAAACUGGCUUUGACACACCACGCGCAAAGUCGGUUCCAAGAGUCCAAGGCACUUGGGCUGAAGGCGAUGGAGGCUCAGAGAAGGGUCCUCGGCGAAGAAGAUCCCGAGACACUGUCUACCAUGAGUCACCUAGCCAUGACGUACAGCGAUCUGUCGCAAUGGAAGGAAGCAGAAGAGCUCGAGCUACAAACUAUGGAACUUCGGAUGCGCGUUCUCGGCGGCGAACACCCGGACACUCUCGUUGGCAUGAGGUGGUGGAAGAAGGCCGAAGAGCUUGGCAAGCAGGUAAUAACCGCGCGAAAGAAGGUUAUUGGCAACCUGGCACACACGUACAACAAUCAGAGCCGGUAUCAAGACGCCGAAGAGUUGCUGGUUCAGCUACCACAACCAAGGCCGACUGGACGAGAGCGAAGCGCUCCAGGCGCAAGUAGUAACGGCUCGCAAGGCGCUGUUGGGGCCGGAGCACUUCUCAACUUUGACGAGUAUGGCUCAUCUGUCAUCGACAUACCAUAG